AGGUCCGUUCGAAAAUUCCAAUCUAAUCAAAGUUCAAAGGGUUUGUUUGGUGGCACGUGACUCAUCACGUGCAUGUUUCUCUUCUUCUUCUCAACGACGACGUUGGUGUUGGUGUUGGUGUUGGUGUUGUUUGAGUCGGAAGGGCAUUUGUUUCACACAGUAAUCCCGAUAUCAGAUACCUUUUCAACUAGAAAAGAAAAGUUCUAGGGCAACGCUGAAAAUGGAGGUUGCCUCCAUUACUUCAGAUUCUGUAGUCGAAACCCUAAAAAACAGAGGAUGGUGUUUGAGGGACUUGGAGCAGCUGGACGCAGUGAUCAUGAUUCAGUCUGCUUUGGCCGAUGACUCCAGUUCGGUCAUUGAUUCGGUGGAGUCGGAGCUAACCAACAUGGACCUCAAAUCCAUUGGGGGCAAGUCUUUGCCCGAUCCUUCAGUUCUUCGGAACUCUUCUCAUAUUGUUGGCCCCAAAGUUCUUCAGAUAUCUUCUGUGAGAGACAUAUCUAGAAGCAGCAUAGAUGAUUUGACUAGAAAUUCAGGCGGUCGACGUCUUUUGAGUCUUAAUCUCACUGAUGGGAUUACGGAGAUUAAAGCUAUUGAGUAUUCACAUGUCCCAUCGAUUCCUGAUGAUGUUGUUCCUGGUACUAAGGUGUGUUUGAAAAAUAAAGCUGCCAUACAUUGCGGUAUAGUCUGUUUGAAUCCUAGAGUUAUUACUGUGAUUGGAGGUGUUGUUCCAUCACUUUAUGAAGAGUGGCAGAUGAAUAAAAAGUACUCAGGUUUCUCACGUUCUUCUUUAAGGCUAUCCAAAGAAAAUGAUGGUGCCGGUCCUCCUCCAUUUGAGAAGUUGCAAAUUGGGGUGUCACGACGUCCAUUGGUCCAGAAAGAUUAUUCAAGUUUGAACUCCAAGAAUGGUGGGCCUAUUAAAGAUAAAAGAGAACCUGGGAUUAGGCCGAUUGGAAGAAAUGAUGAUUUUCACAUCAAAGCAAAUGACACAAAUAACCAUACUAAAUCAACUUCUCAUACUGAAAAAACUGAAGAGAAACCAAGCAGCUCAGAAACAAGGCCGAAAGAAGCGGUUGAAUAUGUUCCAGUCCAAAAUCAAGCAGCUGCACAAAAACUCCUCCAGAAAUUGAAUAACCAAAACGACCAGCAUUAUAAAGGUAGAAGGUUUAAGGGGAAGGAGAGACGAGAAGAGCCUUCAACAUUCACUCUUGAUGAAUGGGAAAAGAGAAAAGCUGGGGCAAGCACAAAACCUCUAAUAGGGCCCGGGCAUCAACAUUUGAGUCAUGAUGAGGAACUUGCAUGGCAGCUUCAACACCAAUUUGAUUUGGAAGACUCUAAUGUAGGAAGCGGUUUUCCAAAUGCGGAGGCUGAAGAUAUAAAAAUGAGCAUGUUCAGCUAUAGAAAAGAUGACAACUGGGGUGGUGGGAUGGAGCAUGAAGGCAAUAGAAGGGGUAGGGGAAGAGGGAGAGGUAGGGGGAGGGGAAGGGGGAGAGGUAGGGGGAGAUGAAGAUUUCAUAGACUUUCUGCCUCUCCUUUGUGAUAUUAUAAUUUCUUUUAUUUUCUGAGGUAAUUUGAUGUUAAGCAUGUGUAAAUUGUUGCAACAAAGCCCUCAAAUUUUGUAUCUGUAAAAUUUGGUUCACUGUUGCAUUUCGCCCGUGAUUUCUGGCGGAAUGUGUGUGUUGUUUCCUAGGAAAUGAUAACUUUUAGAGUCUAUAGGCUUUUGAUCUGCUGGUCCUAA